AUGGCCCCAACAAAGUACGCCGUCGCCCUAUUCGACGGCUUCCAGAGUCUUGAUGUCUUCGGCGGCCUAGACGCCCUCAACUCCCUGUCUCGCACGCACCCCUUGGAGCUCUCCAUCCUCGCGCCGACCCUGGACCCCGUCUCGACGCUCGUGCGGCCCACGCCCGGCUGGAUUGGCCAGAGCGUAGUGCCGACGCACACGUAUGCGUCGGCGCCCGAGGACAUCGAGGUGCUGUUCGUUCCCGGUGGCUUCGGCACGCGUGAGAUCGAGGCCACGCAGGUAGUCGUUGAUUUUGUCAAGGCGAGGUACCCGAAGUUGCGGUACCUGCUGACCGUCUGCACGGGCGCCGCCCUGGCUGCGAGGACAGGAAUCCUCGACGACAAGGAGGCGACGACGAACAAGAAGUCGUUUGCUUGGGUCAUGACGCAGGGCCCUAAUGUGAACUGGCUGCGCGAGGCCCGGUGGGCGGUUGACGGCAAUAUCUGGACGUCGUCUGGUAUCUCGGCCGGCAUCGACAUGAUGUAUGCCUUCAUCGAGGCCCAAUACGGAGCUGAGAUUGCAGAUACGAUCUCCAACGCGUCCGAGUAUGUGCGUAAUCGGGAUCCCACGGUUGAUCCGUUCACCAAGUUUGCGUCUUGA